GGCCCCGGUUGUCGUCGCCGUCGCCGCCGCCGCCUCAGCAGCAGUAACCGAAGUCAACGCCGCCGCUGCCGCCUCCCGGGUUGCCGGCCGUCCGCGCGCUGGCUCGGCCGGGACCCGCAGCCAUGGAGGACUUCAUCGUGAUCUCGGACGACAGCGGCUCCGAGAGCUCCGGUGGGACCCGCUCGGGCCGGGCGCGGAGGCUCCGCCGGGCCCUGUCCCGGACCACCGGCGCGCUGCCCCGCCGGACCGUGGACUUCAUUGACUUAACUAGAGAAACCAGACCAAGGGCAAAGGAUCGCAAUGGACUCUGUGUGAUUGACCUAACAGGAUCUGAGGAAGAAAAUAGACCUAUUGCCACUCUUGACUUGACUCUAGAACCCGUUGCUCCUUCCCAGAAAGAGCCAGCCAGUCUUCAAGCAUGUGCCAGCCUCUCCAGCAAAGAGGUGAUGGAAGGGCGGGUAGACAGAAGCUCUCGGCCUGCAGCACGGAGAAUCAUUAACAGUGAUCCUGUGGAUUUGGACCUUUUGGAAGAAACUGCAUUUGAAGGUCCCCAGCCCCCUGUGUCCAUCAGUGGGGGCUCUGUUUAUCCAGGAGAGCCGAAUUGUAGCUCAACCAUAUUCAAAGGUGACCUCGGCUUCUUGGCAAGCCUACAGCUAUCUUCAGAUAUUCACUCCUUCCCUGCAACAAGCAAUAAUGGUAGCCGUAGCAAUCAAAGGGCACCCUUGCCAUGCCCACAGCAAGAUGUGCCUUGCCCUCCACAAGCCUUGCCAUGCCCACUGAGAGCCUUGCCAUGCCCACUGCGAGCCUCACCAUGUCCACCACGAGCCUCCUCAUGCCCACCACGAGCCUUGUCAUGCCCAUCACAAACCAUGCAGUGCCAACUACAAACUUUGCCUCCCCCACCUCAAGAAGGGCCAUGCCCUCCUCAAGAUGUGCCAUGCCCUCAGAAUGUGGCAUGCGCUCAGCAGAAUAUGCCAAGUCCACCUCAAGACUCAUCAUGGCAACUUCAACACUCACAAAGCCCACCUCAAGACUCACUGGGCCUACCUCAAGACGUACCAGGCCCACCUCAAAACAUAACGUAUCCACAAGAUGUGGCACACCUGAAAGACAUGCCACAGUCACCAGGAGAUAUGCUACAAUCAUCAGGAGACAUGCCACAAUCAUCAGGAGACAUGCCCCAGUCACCAAGAGAUGUGCCACAGUCACCAGCUGAUGUCCUACAGUCACCAGCAGAUGUGUCACAGUCACCAGCCAAUGUACCACAGUCACCAAGAGACAUGCCACCGUCACCAGGAAGUGUACCACAUUCACCUGGAGAAAUCCCACACUUAUCAGGAGAUGUGCUACAUUCACCUGGGGACAUGUCAUGCUUGCCAGAAGACAUGCCACACACACUUAGAGACUUGCCUCAUUUACCAAAACUCAGGCCUGACUCUCCGCAAAAUGAUGUACAGAACCAUGACACCCCUAUGGAUGUCUCAGCUCCAUCCUCUCCAAGCUGCUCUCCCAGCCCACAGUCUGAAACUUCCUUAGAGAAAGUUCCUUGGCUCUCUGUCACAGAAACUCCAGCCAGAAAAGAGAUAUCACUGUCAGAGCCUGUCAACCCCAGAUCUGCCCAGGUGCAAGCACGAACACCACAAGGUGGGUUGUACAACAGACCAUGCCUGCAUAGACUGAAGUACUUCUUACGACCUCCGGUGCAUCACCUCUUCUUCCAGACACUAAUACCAGAUAAAGACACAAGAGAGAACAAGGGUCAAAAAUUAGAACCUAUCCCUCAUCGAAGACUAAGGAUGGUAGCAAACACCAUUGAAGAAAACUUUCCCCUGGGGACUGUGCAGUUUUUGAUGGACUUUGUGUCACCCCAGCAUUACCCACCCAGAGAAAUUGUGGCUCACAUCAUCCAGAAAAUCCUGCUCAGUGGCUCUGAGACUGUGGAUGUUCUAAAGGAGGCCUACAUGCUUCUCAUGAAAAUUCAACAGCUACAUCCAGCUAAUGCCAAGACAGUGGAGUGGGACUGGAAGCUGCUCACUUAUGUCAUGGAGGAAGAGGGACAAAAUCUGCCCGGGCGAGUCCUUUUUCUACGUUAUGUAGUACAAACCCUGGAAGAUGAUUUCCAACAGAUCCUGAGGAAGCAGCGACAGCACCUGCAGCAAUCUAUUGCAAGCACUGUGCUAUCCUGUGACAAGCAACCCCACAAUGUCAGAGAUGUCAUCAAGUGGUUGGUCAAAGCAGUAACUGAACACAGAUUAACUCAGUCCCCAAAGGAGAAUCAAACCUCUCCAGGAACAGGAAUCUUGAAGGCCAGCAGUAGCCACCCUUCUCCCCAACCUAACCUCACAAAGAACACCAAUCAGCUGAUUGUAUGCCAGCUGCAGAGGAUGCUGUCCAUAGCCGUAGAGGUGGAUAGGACCCCCACAUGCAGCUCCAAUAAAAUUGCUGAAAUGAUGUUUGGGUUUGUGCUGGACAUUCCUGAGAGGAGUCAGAGAGAGAUGUUCUUUACUACCAUGGAGAGCCACCUUCUGCGCUGCAAAGUGCUGGAAAUCAUAUUCCUCCACAGCUGUGAGACACCCACCCGCCUGCCCUUGUCUCUGGCCCAGGCCCUCUAUUUUCUGAACAAUUCCACAUCACUGCUCAAGUGUCAGUCGGAUAAAACCCAGUGGCAGACAUGGGAUGAACUGGUUGAGCAUCUACAGUUUCUGUUAUCCAGUUACCAACAUGUUUUAAGAGGGCGAUGCGGAAGUCAGACACCUGUUCACUCCAAGGAGAGUCUCACAUACAGCCUUCCUGCAAGGAGCCCUGUCCACAGAGGGGAGAAAAGCAGACUCAGGCAAGAUCAGUUAAGUUCAUACAUUCAUCCAGGCAACCAGUAUUUGCUGAAUGCCUCCUCUGUGCCUGGCUCACUGGGAAAACUUCAAUGAAUGAGACCAACAUGGCCCCUGCCCUCCCAGAGCUUAACUGUCUAGUAAAGAGAUUGACCCUAAACAAACCACCACACAAGUAACAUAUAAUUGCAAUGAAAAUAAAUGCUGUGAAGGAAAGUACAAGUGCACAAAACAGGACUUACACUGUUUAUGGAGGAACCCAGGAAGGCCUCCCUGAAGAAGUGAUACUUGGGCUGAGAUAUGAAGUACCAGUGUUAGCCAAGCGAAUAGGGAGGGAAAAGUUUCCCAGAAAGAAGAAACAGCAUGUCCAAGGGACUUGAGACAAGAAGUUGCUUAAUGAGUCCAAGGAACAUAGAGCAAACUGGUGGGACUAGGAUGCAGUGAGCUAGGGGGUAAUAGCACGAAACGAGACCACGGUACCAGACAGGAGCAGGUGUGAAGGGCCCUCCUGUUAGGGAGUUCAUGUUAAGGAAUAACACCUUGAUUCCAGAGUGAAGGGAACCCAUCAAAGUGGUUUUAAGUAAGGUCACUCUGCCUGAUGUGUGAUAAAUAGUUUGGCCGAGGACCAGAGAGGUCAGGGGAGGGAUAAUGGUGACAAGGGUGUGGGUGGUGCAGUGGGAAAGGCAGUGACGGAUCAGAAGCACUUUGAAGAUCAGUGUGACAGGGCAUGGGUGACCAAGGCUGAAGGAUGUCGCCCAGUACUGACGUGGAGAUAAAUGGAAGAUCUGCAGAGAAGAUAAAGAGCUCAGUGUGACUGUUAGAUUGGAGAUUCCUGUAGUGACGAUGAUUAUGAUAAAAUAAUAGUAGCUGAUCCUAGUGUUGAUCCAGGAACUAAUAAUACUACCAGCCAGAAUAUCUUGAGCCAGGCCUUGUGCCAAAUAAACCCUUUACAUAAAUCACCUCACACAAUAACCACAAGAACCUCCGAUGUAAGAACUCUCCUCUACUGAAGCAUAAAAUCCAAGGCCUUGCCAACUGGACCAGAAUGGUUCAAGUCCACUGGCCAAGACUUCCUCCCCUUGGAUGGUGGUUAGGUGGGCACUGCCAACCUUUGCUUCUUUGAAUUUCCUGUAUUAAUAAAUUCCAAAUUCUUCUUGCUCCUAACCCACAUGUUCCCUAUAUCCCACUCUAUUCAGCCAAUCCUAUCUUUUCAAAGUCAUUUUAAUUUUUUUCAGAGUAGUACAUGCUUUGUUUAAGAAAAUCAAAUUCUACUCAAAGGCUUUUGUCCCCUGUGACCAUUCUCCUGCAGUAGCAGAGUGAAAUAGAGCACAUUUCCCUGCUUAAAACCCUCCAGAUACUUGCCUUUGCUUUCAGAGGCCAAACUCCACAUUGUUCUGUGGCCCAGCCUGCCUGCCAGUCUCCUCUAGUCCUGCUCUCCUUCUUACUACCCGGAUCUUA